CUUCGACCUUGUGGGAAACACUUGAGAAUUAUUACGAAAAGUCGCAGCAAAAGGGGGAAAGGUGGCGUGGUCGGUCCCAGUUCCGACACCCGAGCGUAUCUUUUCUCCGGCACGGCAGCAGCCGCUGCGAACCCCGAGACCCGAGACUCGUGAGCACCAGCCGCGCGGGAAGACAGGACUAACUUCAACUGAAGAUACUGGAACUUACCAAGCAGCUGAGAUUGCGAAGGUAUUUCCGUGCUCUUAGGAGAAGAGGAAAGGGGGACGAUGCCCGGCAGUGGCGAGGAUUCCGUUUAGAGUGUUUACAGUUGGAUGGUAUAAAUAAUACCUUACUCCGACACUCUCACGUACCACACUACCACCACCGCAUGACUCAAUCUACACUGAAUAGGAUGAAUUCUCCCCUUGCACAGCCAUUGACCCUGCCAUGCGGGCUGCAACUGCCCAAUCGACUUGUGAAAGCCGCGAUGGCGGAAUGCAUUGCGGAUGGGGAGGGGCUUCCGACGGGGGUACACCAUAGAGCAUAUGAGAAAUGGGGAGGGGGAGGGUGGGGAUUGAUCAUGACGGGCAACGUGCAAGUCGACCACCGAUACCUCGGCAACGCGCGCGACGUGACCACCAACCCGACCAUUGACACUGACAAGCAGCUGGCCCGCUGGCGCGCCUGGGCCAGCGCCUGCACCACGCCGCGCCACACCCCAGCGAUCGUGCAGCUCAACCACCCGGGCCGCCAAUCCCCCAUGGGCGCCGGCAGCCGCGGCCUCUGCGCGCGGAACCUCGCCCCCAGCGCCGUACCGCUGGACUUCGGCCCCGGCCUGAUGGCCCAGACGGUCAGCCGAGUGGUCUUCGGGGUCCCGCGCGCCAUGACGCAGGCCGACAUCCAGACGGUGGUGCAGCAGUUCGUGAACGCGGCGCGGUUGGCGGCGGAGGCGGGGUUCCAGGGGGUGGAGAUCCACGCGGCGCACGGCUACCUCCUCGCGCAGUUCCUGUCGGCGGACACGAAUCGCCGCACCGACGCUUACGGGGGUUCCGCUGCGCGGCGGGCCCAGCUGGUCGUUGAGAUCAUCCGCGCCGUGCGCGCGGCGACUCCGCCGCGGUUCUGCGUUGGGAUUAAACUCAACUCGGUGGAUCAUCAGUCUGCUGAGGCGCUGAAGGAGUGCGUUGAGCAGCUUCGGUUGAUUGUUGCGGCCGGGGUCGACUUUGUGGAGGUCAGUGGGGGGUCGUAUGAGAAGCCUACCAUGAUGACCAGUGAAACCAUUCAAGGACACCGACCCUCGGCUCGAACGCAAGCGCGAGAGGCCUUCUUCUUGGACUUCGCCAAGGCGAUCCGGCGCUCAUUCCCGGAAGUGCCUCUGAUGGUGACCGGGGGCUUCCGUACCCGCCAGGGAAUGAUCGACCCCUUGCAGAACGGGGACUGUGACAUGAUCGGGCUGGGUCGACCCGCGGUGCUGCAUCCGACCCUGCCCGCUGAGGUCAUCUUCAACGAGCGAGUGUCUGCCGACGAGGCACGGUUGGUCACGGAAAGAGCGCCGAUCUCGUGGGCGAACCGGUGGACUAAAUUGCCGGUCAUCGGGGCCGGGGAUGAGAGCCGGCAUUACAGUAGUCGAAUUGCAGAGUUGGGGGCUUAGGCUGAUCGGAUGAUGUGAGUAUUUUGACAGUUCAGUGUGACAAAGUUUCGGAAAAGAAGACUGAGAGUGGGGAUGAAUUUACCUGGCUUAGAGCCAUAGGGCGAUAAAUAUAGCACUAUCCUGUACUUCUAUAAUAAUUAGAUGCGGGAAGGCCGGUCAACAGCCUCGAGGGUG